CCUUUUCAUGUUUAAUUAUGAAAUGGAAAAUCUUCCCACCGAACACAAAUGAGAAAAAGGCAAAAGUUGAGAUGAUGUUGAGCGGCGACCUUCCGUUUUCAUCUUUGGAAGUUUGAUGCAUCCAAGAACUGGAAAGUGGUCCAACAAUCCCAUGAUAAACCAUUUGAUCUUAUGAUCAAAUCCAGUUUACAGACGAAUACUCAAUUGGUGGGUUGGUUCAAUUUAGAUUCUAAGUUAAGUUAAUGGCGGACUACUGCUCUUAAUCGCCAUUGUUAAUCAAUCCUCUCUUUCUUGCUUGCUUGCCAUUGGCGUAGAGGUUUGUUUUGUUUGGUGCUUUGUUGUGGUUCUCUUUUCAGGUAUGUUGCUAUAUCUCUCUCCCUCUUGAGGUUUUUUGCCCGGUGCAUGGCGGCGGCUGCCAGGUAAUUGGCCUUUCUUGAUCGGUUUACAUCUGAGUCAGUACGACGGCGCCUCCGCUUAGCUUUGAUGGAACAGAGAGGGAAAUCGACUUCUGUGAACUCUACGAUGUCAUCUCGCGGCGGAAGGGUUUCUUCGAAGGCUAUGGAGUCGCCGAAGCGGAUGGUUUCUGUAUCGGCCGUUCAAUCGACGCCGCAGUCUGUUGUGAAGAAGCAAAGUUCGAGAGUUAGCAGAUCUCUGACGCCGAAUGCUCCAAAGAAGGGGAGAGAUGGUGAGAAUGUUGGAGUUUCGGCUCGAGUGGUCAACCGUGGUGGUCUCAAGCAAGAUUCGCUGCGGCGUUGUUCGAAUGUUGAGGAUUGUAAUGGAGUUAAGAGUGAAUUGCAGAAGAAGCUUUGUUUCACAGAGGAUUUGAUUAAGGAUUUGCAGUCUCAAUUAGUGGCGUUGAAGGAGGAGUUGCAGAAGUCUCAGAGCUUGAACCUGGAACUUCAAUCGAAGAACGAUUUGCUCGUCCGUGACCUAGCCGCCGCUGAAGCGAAGUGCGCUAAUGCUAGAAACAACGACCAGUCGUUUGGAGAGUACAAUCAGAAACUCGAAAAUGGAAAGUUGCAGGCCCAACCAUCAAAUUCCUGUCGGAAUGUUAAGGAUUUGGAAUCCAAGGCGGCUCCACCACCACCACCACUACCACGGGCGCCGCCGCCGCCCCCGCCGCCUCUUCCCGUGAAAUCCUUGCCCCGACCAGUGGCCUCUCAGAAAUCUCCAGACCUCGUACGCCUCUUUCACUCCUUAAAAAAGAAAGAAGGGAAGAGAGGUCCUCCAUUGUUGGGGAAACCAGCUGCGAUCAAUGCCCACAAUAGCAUUGUUGGGGAAAUUCAGAAUCGUUCUGCGCAUCUUUUAGCGAUAAAAGCUGACAUUGAAACCAAAGGAGAGUUCAUCAAUGGCCUCAUUGACAAGGUGCUCGUUGCAGCUUAUACAGACAUAGAAGAUGUCCUCAAGUUUGUCGAUUGGCUUGAUUUCCAGCUCUCAUCAUUGGCCGAUGAGCGGGCUGUGUUGAAACAUUUCAAGUGGCCCGAGAAGAAAGCCGAUGCCAUGCGAGAAGCAGCCAUAGAAUACCGGGUGCUUAAACUGUUGGAAAAUGAGAUCUCUUUGUACAAGGAUGACACUAAUUCUCCAUGUGAGGCAGCCUUGAAGAAGAUGGCGAGCUUAUUAGACAAGUCGGAGCGAGGCAUACAACGCUUAAUCGGGCUUCGAAAUACCGUAAUGCAUUCUUAUCAGGACCUAAAACUCCCAACAAAUUGGAUGCUAGACUCCGGUAUCACGAGUAAGAUAAAGCAAGCUUCUAUGAAUCUGGCGAAGAUGUACAUGAAAAGGGUGAAAACAGAGCUGAAUUCGAUUCGCAGUUCGGACAAAGAAUCCAACCGGGAGUCGCUCCUACUCCAGGGAGUUCACUUCGUAUACAGAACUCACCAGUUCGCUGGUGGGCUCGAUUCAGAAACGCUGUGUGCUUUUGAGGAAAUAAAGCAAUGGGUCCCAAGACAAGUGGUGGGAGGGUCCCAUUCGCAACAAGGAUGGAUAGUUGGCAUACCAUCAUCAUAAUCAAGUAACAAUAAUACUUGUGUGCCUUGUGUAAAAUAUUUGAGUGUAUAUUUAUUAUGCAAAAUUGAGGUGGGAGUAGCUGAGUAAGUAAAGAUAGAUUAUGUUAGUUAAGGAGACAUUUGGUUGCUUUGUAGUGGCUGGCUUAAAGAGAUGUUGUUUUCAAAUAUUAGUAGUUUUUUUUUUUUUUUU